AUGAGACCAUCACCACUGCAACAGUUGAUGGGAGGCCUUCCUGCUGUACGAGUGCAUCAAAUGUACCGGUUCCAAAACGUUGGAAUCGACUACGCGGGGCCUGUUUACGUUCGAAUAGCGAAUACCGGACGAACCGUACUGGUCAAGGGAUACAUUACAGUAUUUGUCUGCCACGCUACGAAGGCCGUUCAUUUGGAACUGGUCGACAGCCUCACAACGGAAGCAUUCAUUGCCUGUCUACGCCGGUUCAUCGGUCGUCCUGCCCGAGGCUGGCUCGUUUCCAACGCACAGACAUUCGUCGGUGCUCACCGACAGCUGGAAGAACUUCGACGUAGAUUCGUGUCUCAGCAACACCGAGAAGCAGUAAGCAAUACAUUCGCUGAAGACGGAGUACACUUUCACUUUAUCCCUCCAAGAUCUCCCAAUUUUGGAGGAAUAUGGGAAGCCUGCGUGAAGUCCACCAAGAAUCUACCUCACAAGAUAAUUGGAAACGCACACUUCACCGAGUCGGAGUUCAUUACUGCGUUGAUCCAAGUCAAAGCUCAGCUAAACUCGCGGCCAAUUACACCGUUGCCGAACAGUCCGGAUGACCAACUGGCCCUUAAACCGGGACAUUUCAUGGCGGGUAGACCACUAAAUGCCACACCGGAACCUGAUCUAUCUGAGGUUCCAGAGAAUCGGUUAUCCAGAUGGAAAAGAGUGCAGAAAGUGAUGCGUAUUUUUUGGAAUCGUUGGCAUAACGAGUAUCUGCAAACGUUUCAGAAACGCUAG